CGGACAAAAUAUGACAAAGAAGGCAGCAUAACCUAUUAUUUUGUUUAGUUUGUUUAUUUUGCCCAAUUCUCAGUUUCGUGAACUAUGAAAAAAUCAUCUGUAAAAGAAAAAGUUAGCAAAAUAGUUUAAUAACUUGUGAACUUUAAAUUUGUAUAAUGGUUGAUCACAAGCUCAUUCUUUUGUUAGCGGAAACAAAAAAAAGCAGUAGUGAAGAAAGCGAUGAAAGUAACUGGAGUGAUGUGUGUAAACAAAAAGUUGAAUCUUCAGAAGAUAGUUUAGAAGAAGAUGAAGACAAUGAUAGACUGUUUUUUCCACUAAUGCAAUAUCUUAUUAGAUUAAGAAGAAAACGAGUGGAUGAUUAUUUACAUAUUGUAGAUUCUUGGUCAAAUGCUGAAUUUAAAAAUCGCUUAGGACUCUCACGAAAGACAGCCAAUCAACUUAUAAAUCAAUUAGAAAAGUCAGGAUUCAUAGCAUCUCACAAGUUUGGUGUAAAGCCUUUAGAACCUAAACUAUGUUUUUAUAUUUUCUUGUCAUUCCUAGCUACCACUGAGCCGCUGACUCCAAUAGCAACAAGAUUUGAUAUUUCCAUAUCCUCUACAUUUCGUGUGAUCCGCCGAGUUGUUGCCUGGAUAUUAACAAAAUUAGACGAUGUCGUCAAAUGGCCUCAAAAUUUGAAUGAGGUGAGAUCAAUAUGUGAUUCAUUUCAAAAUAAGACAGGAAUAUCUAAUAUGCUUGGGGUCAUUGACUGCACACAUAUAAAAAUUGAAAAACCGAAAAAUGCAAGAGAAUACUGUAAUAAUAAAGGAUAUUUUUCAAUCAUCUUACAAGCAACUGUGGAUGCGAAUAUGAGAUUUACAAACAUAUACUGUGGAGAACCAGGUUCUACUAAUUGUACUCGUGUGCUAAAGAAAUCGCCGUUGUUUACCACAGCAUUACAAGAUUCCACAACUUUAUUUCCUCACAGUACAUUUCUUGUGGGACACUCGGGAUAUCCUUCAUUACCAUGGCUUCUUCCACCAUUUCGGGAAAACAAGCGACUGUCGCCACAGCAGAGACAAUUUAAUUCUUUGCACUUAUCUGCACGUAAGAUUAGUGACAAGACAUUUAAUUCCUUAAAAGUGAGAUUUAAACGUAUCAAGUUUUUCACAGUUUAUAGGAACAUAGCAUUUAUAACAGAUACUGUGGUAGCAUCGUGCAUUUUGCAUAAUUAUUGUGUUAAUGAAAAUGAUCUUGUCAAUAGUGGUGAUGACCCUGAAUAAAAACAACAUGUUAGUAAGGCAGUAUUUAUACUAUUAACUCUUUGACUGUUAAUUUGAUAACAUUAGUAUCUCGUCCUUGUGUAUGUCAGGUAAAUUAUGAUUUUAUUGUUAUGUAUAAAUUAGCUUUUCUUUCUGGUUCUAGAUACUGCUAUUGAUCAGCGAGUAAUUUUCUUAAUAAAGAACAUUUCUCUCUUUCAAUUUUAA